AAAGCAUCAAAGUUGGCAAUCCAUUUGACCCAGAAACCUUUAUGGGUGCACAAGCUUCUGGGGCACAACUUUCAAAGAUUUUGAAAUAUAUUGAAACCGGUCAAAAAGAAGGAGCCAAGAUCCUUACUGGUGGUCACAGAAAAGAAGGUAAAGGUUUCUUCCUUCAACCAACCAUCUUUACCGAUGUUGACGAAAAAAUGACAAUUGCGCAAGAAGAGAUCUUUGGUCCUGUUGUUACCGUGCUUAAGUUUGAAACUGUUGAAGAAGCUAUUGCAAUGGCAAACGAUAGCGAUUACGGUUUAGCUGCUGGUAUUCACACUACAAACCUCAACAAAGCCGUCCAUGUCUCCAACAAGAUCAAUGCUGGUACCGUAUGGAUCAACACAUACAAUGACUUUAAUCCAAUGGUUCCAUUUGGUGGAGUACAUUCUUCUGGUAUUGGUAGAGAAAUGGGUCAAGAAGUGUUCCAAGAGUACACUCAAUGUAAAGCCGUUAGAAUCAAGUUGCAACUUCCAGACAAGAACACUAAAUAG